AUGAAGCAAAGAUUUUCCGCGCUUGAUGUACGGGCUACAGUAUCAGAUCUGAAAGAAAGAAUCGUGGGUCUAAGAUUGCAAAAUCUUUACGACAUAAAUUCAAAAACUUAUUUAUUCAAGUUUUCCAAGCCAGAUAGAAAAGAACUCUUGUUGAUAGAAUCUGGCAUAAGGAUUCACAUAACACAAUUCUCUCGUGACAAAUCGAUCAGUCCAUCGCCCUUUUGCUUAAAGAUACGGAAACACAUCAAAACACGAAGAUUAACCGAUGUUAGACAAUUAGGUGUCGAUAGGAUCAUUGACUUUGAAUUUGCCGGUGUGGGAGAAGGGACCACGUACCACAUUAUUGCCGAGUUCUAUGCUUCAGGAAAUAUUAUCCUCACGGAUCACAAUUAUAUGAUAUUGGCUCUGUUACGUGUUGUCCAGCCUAAUGAAAAUGAGAGAAUAGCAGUUGGUCAGACUUAUGAUGCAAAUGCUGCUGUUCGUGUAAGUGGACCGGUAAUUCAGGCUCGCUUGAGGGAAUUACUCACUAUUAAAUCACCCGAAGAAGCGAAAGAGCCCCUGAGGAGAGUGUUAAAUGCUAAAUUGAAUUAUGGACAGUCAUUAACUGAACACGCGAUUCGUUUUGCACAUAUUGACCCGAAUAUGAAAGUUGGAACAAUUGAUAUUACAGACUCCAAAUAUUUAGAAGCUUUAGAAUCUGGGUUUUCCGAAGCAGAUAGAAUCAUAGAAGAAUGUGCUAAAUCCAAACAAAAGGGUUAUAUAAUUUUGUUACAAGCCCCCAACGAACUUAACAAAGAGAAUGAUUGGGAAACUUAUGACGAAUUUCAUCCAUAUCUUUUUGAACAACAUCGAUCAAAAAAUUACAAAGAGUUUGAUUCAUUUGAUCUUGCUGUGGACGAGUAUUAUUCUUCAAUGGAAGCGCAAAAAUUGAUGCUUAAGCAAAGGAACCAAGAGAAAGCAGCAAUGAAAAAAUUAGAGGUUAUUAAGAAGGAACAAUAUUUACGAGUUGAAAAUCUUCAGAGUGCCCAAACAAUAAACAUUCUUAAAGCUAAGUUAAUCGAAGAGAAUGUAGAAAUUGUGGAUCAAGCAAUUUUGGUAAUUAGGAACGCGAUCGCAAACUCCAUGGAUUGGAAAGAUUUAGAAAACCUUGUGAUGGAAGAAAAGAAACAGGGCAAUCCGAUUGCGGCUGUAAUAGCGGGACUAAAAUUAGAAACGAAUCAAAUUACCUUAUUAUUAAGAGAGAAAGAAAGAAACGACGAUGCUUUUUAUGAUUCUUCAGAUUCUGAACCGGAAAAUGAAGAAAAAGUUGAUGUUGAUAUUAACUUAUCAGCCUUUGCGAAUGCCAGAAAAUAUUAUGAUGUGAAAAAGCAAUCCGCGAUGAAAGAAUAUAAAACAUUGGCUAUUGCCGAAAAGGCUUUCAGGAGUGCUGAACAAAAGAUUAAACAAGAUCUUAAAGAAACAAAAAUCACUGCAUCCAUAAAUAAAAUUCGUAAGCCUUUUUGGUUUGAAAAGUUUCUUUGGUUCAUUUCUUCAGAAAAUUAUCUUGUCAUUGCUGGUCACGACAUGCAACAAAAUGAACUGUUGGUUAAAAAGCACUUGCGCAAAGGUGAUGUCUACGUUCAUGCUGAUUUGCAUGGCGCCGCCUCAGUGAUAAUUAAGAAUCCUAACGAGAGCCAACCAAUACCUCCCAGUACACUUUAUCAAGCCGGUUUUAUGUCAGUUUGUCAAAGCAAAGCUUGGGAAGCGAAGAUUGUUACAAGUGCUUAUUGGGUUAAUGCAGAACAAGUAUCUAAAACUGCUCCCACCGGUGAAUACCUAACAACCGGUUCGUUCAUGAUUCGAGGUAAAAAAAACUUUUUGCCUCCUGUUCAACUGGUAUAUGGCUAUGGUUUGCUUUUUCGUUUGGAUGAACAAAGCGUUCCAAAUCAUUUGCAUGAACGACGCCCUUUAAGCAUUGAAGAGGAAGCGGUUGAGAGGAAGCAAGCUAUGAACAAAGUAAAAAAAAAGAAAAAGACAUAA